AUGGCGCCAUCGGCCAGGACGCCAGUUUAUUUUCUAAGUCAUGGAGGGCCAGAUAUUAUGUAUGACCAGAACCAUCCCGCCUAUCGCAAGCUGCAGGAAAUUGGGCGCGAAAUCACCACCAAGGUGAAGCCUCGUGCCGUGGUUGUUUUCUCCGCCCAUUGGCAAGCGUCGCGAGAUACUGUUGAAGUGAACAAUGCUGAGAUCACGGAGCUGAUAUAUGAGUACGAUUUUUUUCAUUCUCCUGUUUCCCUUUCGCCGACCUCUUUCCUGCAGCCUGAGAGUUGCUCUAUGCCUGAUUCGUUGGGCAAAACAUUUCACUCUCUUAAUGGCGAGGGAAAAAGGAGGUGGUUGCGAAAGGAGAAAUGCAUCUCUGCUUGUCCUGAGCUAAGGCGGAAAAUUAUACAUAGCUUCUACGGAUUCCCUAGCCAUUAUUAUGAGGAGAAGUUUCCGAAUGUUGGGAGUAGGCAGGUUGCGCAGAAGGUAAUCGACGCUAUUAGGGGAGCGGGGAUGAAAGCGGAGGGGGUGAAGAGAGGGCUUGAUCAUGGUGUUUGGGCUAGUUUUAAGUGUGCAUUCGACCCGGACCACAACCCCCUGAACGUGCCCAUCGUCCAAGUCUCCCUCUUCAAAACCGAAGACCCGAUCCAGCACUACCGCCUGGGCCAAGCCAUCGCCAAACUCCGCGAGGAGAACAUCCAGAUCAUCGUUUCUGGAAUGGCAGUCCACAACCUGCGGGACCUCCGGUUUACGUUUGGGGACUCGACGCCAAUGCCGUACACGGCCAGUUUUGACGAAGCGCUGAGGGACGCUGUCACGACGCCACCAGCCCAGAGGGAGAAGGCAUUGGCUGAUCUGCUGAAGCGCGGGGAUGCACGGCAGGCUCGUCCCACGUUUGACCAUUUGCUGCCUAUCCAUGUGGGUGCAGGAGCUGCAGGGGACGAUGUGGGGAAGCGGCUGUGGACUUUGAAGGAAGGGAGCAUGAGUUGGGCGCAGUUUAGGUUUGGGGAGAUUGGCGCGGAGUGA